GGACACUCUGGCAAGGACCAACAUUAUUUUUGUUGUGUAGACCGCAGCCCUGUACACACCUACCAGUAGGUCUGCUGGGAUAUCAAGCUUGAAGUGUGGAGUUGGACCAUAUUUUCCUUUAAAGCUUUGAGUGUGUGGGGUUUUGUUUGGGACAGAGAAACAAACAGGCAGAAAGAAACUCAGGACUAGUACCAAGAGUGGCCUGCAGCAUGUCUGGAUCGAUACCGUUCUACCAGAAGCACCAUCGCCACUACGACCGUGGCUACCGUAGCAAGGAGACGGAGUCUAAAAUGAGCCAGUACCAGUCCAGCAGCAGAUACAGUGCGGGCAGCAGCACCUCUGCCACCAGCUGGAGCAGAGGACUUAAAGUGUCUCCAUACUCUGGGCUGGAAGAGAGCAGACUGAGCCCCUUACCCAAGAGAGCCAAGCCAACUUACUUGGCUGUGGAUAAAGAGAACCAAAUCAUCGGCUAUGUAGUGCCUAUCUUCAGGGGAAGUCAAGAGUUUGCUACAGGAUUUUCUGACACAGAGGGAGCAAGGGUGAGGAACAUGGCUCGCAGGGAUUUGUUCACCAGUGGCCUGGAGAUGGAGAGGUCAGAGCAGAUUUCCAGGAAGGAGGCCAUGCGCGAGUCAGCUGACCGCAUCUCUCUGAACAAAAGGAUCCAUGAACACGAGGAGCACUUCAAGCGUAUGAACGAAGACAGCCUGAUGCACGCCCCGGAGUUUGUGAUUAAACCUCGCUCCCACACAGUGUGGGAGAAGCAGUGUGUGCGACUGCAUUGCACUGUCAGUGGCUGGCCCGACCCACGGGUCGUCUGGUACAAAAACAAUGUGGCAAUUGAACCCCUUGCCAACCCUGGCAAGUAUAAACUUGAGAGCAGAUACAGCGUGCAUUCACUGGAGAUUAACAGAUGUGAUUUUGACGACACAGCGCAGUAUCGGGUCUCUGCCAUGAACUCAAAGGGAGAGCUCUCUGCAUUUGCCUCCGUCGUUGUUAAGAGGUUCAAAGGGGAAAUUGAUGAGUCCCUGCCAGCGCCCAGACAUGGCCCAGUGUCCGAGUAUGGCAUCACCUUCCAGACUCACAUUGUUGAUAAGUUUGGUGUGUCAUUUGGAAGAGAGGGGGAGACCAUGAGUCUGGGGUGCACAGUAGUCAUCUACCCUGCCCUGCACCGUUAUCAGCCAGAGGUGCAGUGGUACAAAGACGAUGUUCUGCUGUGUCCAUCUAAAUGGUACCAAAUGCACUGGAGUGGAGACAGAGCCACACUGACGCUCACACACAUGAACAAGGAGGAUGAGGGUCUCUACACCCUGCGUGUCACCACCAAGUCUGGAUAUGAAACCUACUCAUCCUAUGUCUUUGUCAGAGAUGCUGAUGCUGAGGUGGAAGGAGCUCCAGGUGCACCUCUGGAUGUUCGCUGUCUGGAUGCCAACAAGGACUACAUUAUUGUCACUUGGAAGCAGCCAGCUGUCGAUGGUGGCAACUCCAUCCUGGGCUACUUUGUGGACAGGUGUGAGGUUGGAACUACCCACUGGAUCCAGUGCAAUGACACCCCAGUCAAGUUCGCCCGGUUCCCUGUGACCGGUUUGGUGGAGGGCCGUUCUUAUGUCUUCCGCGUGCGUGCUGUCAACAAGAGUGGCAUGAGUCACCCGUCCAGAGUAUCUGACCCAGUGGCUGCCAUGGACCCAGCUGACCGUGCCCGCAUGAGAGGUACUUCCGCCCCCUGGACCGGCCAAAUCAUUGUCACUGAGGAGGAGCCUGCAGAGGGCAUUGUUCCGGGGAGACCUCUUGAACCACAAGUGACAGAGGCCACCAAGAACUAUGUGGUGCUGAGCUGGAAGCCACCUGGGGAGAAAGGCCUGGAGGGUGUCAUGUACUAUGUGGAAAAGUGUGUCUCUGGCACAGACAGCUGGCAGAGGGUGAACACAGAGAUCCCAGUCAAGUCUCCACGCUUUGCAUUGUUCGAUCUUGCCGAAGGGAAGUCCUACAGCUUCCGCGUCCGUUGCUGCAACUCUGCCGGUGUUGGUGAACCUUCUGACCCGACUGAGGCCACCACAGUUGGCGACAAGCUUGAUAUCCCAUCUGCCCCUGGCAAAGUUGUUCCCACUAGAAACACAGACACAUCAGUUGUUGUGUCAUGGGAAGCAUCGCAUGAUGCCAAAGAGUUGAUUGGAUACUACAUUGAGGGGAGUAUUGUGGGCAGCAAUGUGUGGGAGCCAUGCAACAACAAGCCUGUACAUGCAACCAGGUUCAUCUGCCAUGGUCUGGUGACAGGAGAGACGUAUGUAUUCAGGGUGAGGGCAGUGAACGCAGCAGGCCUCAGCCAGUUCUCCCAGGAGUCUGAGCCUGUGGAAGUGAAGGCUGCUAUUGGGGGCGGCAUCCCUCAUGGUGUGUUGCCGGAGAUGGGGCCGGGGGGUAACGCGGGCCAACUAACCGAGCACAGGCCACGCUGGACGGACACGCAUGAAACUGUCCAGUCCCUCCCUGACACUAAGCAAAAGUGCAAUAAAAAAACUCAGGCUGAUACUGAAGCCAGGGAGGGGACCAGGGCUGCUGGCUCAAGCCUCACGGAGCCCAACCCCACAGGGAGCAAAAACAAGGGGGGCAAGAGGGGCAGUGUGUCCUGGGCCCCUGACCUAUUAACAGACCUGGCCAUAGAGUCUGUGUCAGGCUCAGUUUCUAACUCACCCAUUGACAUAGUCACAGCUGCACACUUAGACCCAGUCACUGCUGAGGUUCAGGAGCCGGCUGUAGAGCCAGCCAACGGGCCUGGGGCCGGGCAGGAACGUAAGUUCUCUUUAGACGCCUCUGCUAAUCGGGAGACAGCGAGGCCAAGGAGUAAGUCGACAGCCUCCCCUACUCCACCCUAUGGCAUCACCGUCCUGGAGUGUGUGCGAGACUCCAUGGUGUUGGCCUGGAAACAGCCAACCUUCAUCGGUGGUGCUGACAUCACCGGCUACUUUGUGGAUUACCGUGAGGUCAUCGAUGGCGUGCCAGGCAAGUGGCACGAGGCCAACAUCAGGGCUGUCAGUGAGAGGGCCUACAGAGUGUCCGACUUGAUGGAAAACAGGAAGUACCAGUUUCAGGUGCGAGCAGCCAACAUGGCAGGUGUUGGUAUCCCGUCACUGCCCAGUGAUACCUUUCUAUGUGAGGAGUGGACAAUCGCUGUACCAGGACCUCCUCAUGACCUGCAGGUGCGAGAGGUGCGAAAUGACUCACUGGUGUUGAUAUGGAAACCACCUGUAUACCAGGGCCGAGAUCUGGUCAACGGGUUCUACAUUGACUUCAAGGAAGCGGAUGCCCCAGAGGAGGCAUGGAGAGGGGUCAACAACAAGGCUGAGGAGAAGGCAUACUUAAAGAUAAAGAAUCUGAAGGAAGGAGAGGCAUAUGUGUUCCGUGUUCGUGCUCAGAACAAAGCCGGUGUCGGGAAAACCUCUGAUGUGACUGAGCCGGUCCCAGCUGUGACCAAACCAGGCACCAAGGAGAUAGUUGUGGAUGUGGAUGAUGACGGAAUGAUCUCCCUGAACUUUGAAUGCUGUGACCUGACCCCUGACUCCAAAUUUGUGUGGUCCAAGAAUUACGAGGAAAUUACAGCUGACUCCCGCUUGGCCGUAGAGACCAAGGGAAACAAAUCCAGAGCUGUUUUCAAUGCACCUGGAGAAGAGGACAUUGGCAUUUACUCCUGUCUAGUCACCCACACUGAUGGUGCUUCAUCUAGCUUCAAUCUCUCUGAGGAAGAGUUGAAGAGGCUGCUGGAGGUCAGUCACAACCACAAAUUCCCCAUUAUUCCCCUGAAGUCAGAGUUGGCUGUGGAGCUGCUGGAGAAAGGCAGAGUUCGCUUUUGGCUGCAGGCAGAGAAGAUUUCAGCUGAUGGCAAAGUCGAUUACGUGUUCAAUGAUAAUGUUAUCUCUCAGGGGGAGAAAUAUAAGAUGAACUUUGACAAGAACAGCGGUGUGAUUGAGAUGAUCAUGGAGUCUCUGACCCCGGCAGAUGAAGGCACCUUCACCUUCCAGUUGAAAGACGGGAAGGCAACCAACCAGUCCAGCUUGGUACUGAUAGGAGACGUGUUCAAGGAGCUGCAGAAGGAAUCAGAGUUCCAGAGGAAAGAAUGGUUCAGAAAGCAAGGUCCACACUUUAUCGAGUAUUUGAGUUAUGAGGUGACACCGGAGUGCUGUGUUGUGCUGAAAUGCAAGGUGGGCAACAUGAAGAAGGAGACCUCUGCGCUGUGGUACAAAGACGGACGUGAGAUCAAAGCAGACGAGCAUCUGGGCUUCACAGAGGGAGUCCUGAAACUGGAAAUAGCUCAGCGUGACUGUCCUGCAGACACUGCAGACGCCGACCUUAUCUGGAGAAGACUAAAAAUUUCCAAGAAGGAUUCUGGUGUGUAUGAGGUUGUUCUGAAGGAUGACAGAGGAAAGGACACAUCCACGUUGAACUUGACAGAUCAAGGUUUCAAGGAAUUGAUGAAUGAAGUUUUCAGUUUUAUCGCCAAUUCCUCCACUCCACUGAAGAUCACAAGCACAGAUGAGGGCAUCCGACUCUACACCUUUGUCAACUUCUAUAACGAUUUACUCCAAGUGACAUGGCACUACAAGGAUUCUGCCAUCGCCUUCUCUGACCGUAUAAAGAGUUGUGUGGUGGGAGAGCAGCUGUGGCUGCAGAUCACAGAGCCCACAGAGAAAGACAUGGGCAAAUAUGCCAUCGAGUUCAACGACGGAAAGGGCGGCCUGAGGAGAACUGUUGAGCUGUCUGGUCAAGCAUUUGACGAUGCUUUUGCAGAAUUCAAGAGACUCAAGGCUGCUGCUAUUGCAGAGAGAGGUCGUGCUCGAGUAGCAGGAGGCUUACCUGAUGUGGUCACUAUCCAGGAGGGCAAGGCCCUCAAUCUCACCUGCAACAUUUCGGGUGACCCUGUGCCAGAGGUCACCUGGCUAAAGAAUGACAGGGAGAUCACAUCUGAUGAUCACUGCAUCCUGAAGUUUGAGUCCGGCAAAUUCGCCAGCUUCACCAUCACUGCCGUGAACACGUCGGACACUGGCAAAUACAGCAUCCUAGUGAAGAACAAGUAUGGCACAGAGAGUGGGGACUUCACCGUAAGUGUCUUCAUCCCUGAAGAGGCGGGCGGCAAGAAAAAAUAGAAGCGGUCCAAAUCUUGUCGUAAAUAUGUAUAAAAGAAAAACACUGGAAAAAGUUGAAAGACAGAAAGACGGCUUAAGGGUGUUUUUAGGUGUUUGUGUAGAAUAUUAAAUUGACCCUAGAUGUGCUAAAACACGAAAAAGUCUAACAGUUCAGAGAGAAAUCCAGAGAUUUGGUGCAAUAAUAAGUCUGACUGUCUGUCUUACUGAUGAGUGACAUUCGAACCAAUGAAACUGGUGCAAUUUUAGUUUUUGUUUAUGUAAAGUUGUGGCCUGCAGAGAUGUUGUCAUAUGUUUACUUUAGAAGAAUAAAUGAAACAUUAGUUGACAAAGAAAGCUAACGCUUAUAGUUUAAGACAUGUUGUAUUGGCAGGAUACAACUAUCAAAAAACAUGCAAUUGUUGUUUUGACAUGUUUUAUCUUAUAAGCCACAAAUGAUGUUGACUUCACUGCUAACCACAGAAAAGCAUAAGCUAUCAGUUUUAGUUUGUUUCACCAAAAUAUCGACAUCUCGCUUGGUGAUUGUUGCAUGAAGAAACCACUUUCAAGUGCUUCUGGAAAAAAUAACUUUUACAAAAAGUUGGAAGACAAGGUGUAUACAAACACCUAUAACAUCUCCACAAAUGACUUGUCGUUUAUCCCUGCACCAUGUAAGGGCUCUACAUUGUCAUGCAGCACUUGUGCAUUUUUCCAAUAUUCAACCUAGAAUUUACUCUCCACAUGUUUGUAAUAAUAUUACAGACAGAGGAAGACAAAAAUAGACUUCAAUUGUGGCAAACUAGUUAAUUAGGCUAAGGUCAGCUCCAUGAGUUCCUAACACUUCUUUUGGUUUUGGUUUUGGAAAGAAAACACUGAGACAAAUUGGAAAACAUCCCCAUUAUAAGCAGUUAAAUACAUGGAUUGGUCAAAACACCCUUGUUGUGCUUUGGAAAAUAAAAUAGUAGAAGUGAACAAAUCUGUUGCAGAUGGAGUAAAACAUGGUGCUUGAAUGAAAUGUGCCAUUUCAUCAGCUUUUACAUUCAGUCCUGUUUUAUCUUUGGUUCCAUUUAAUUCACAAUCACUUUGAGUGUUGUGAUCAUGACAUCACUUAUUGUAUCCCUGUCUGUAGUGAACACUGUAGCCCGCUGUCUACUCAUUAAUAUAAUUCACCACUGUCAUGACAUCCCCUUCACUGUCCAUCAUUAAUAAUUAUCUCCUCUUUGUUCAUGAUGAUGAUACCGCUGAAGACUGAGAUCACAAACAGUGAUUAUUGCUUCACUUGUUCCCCUGUUUCUCGAUAAGACUAAUAAAAAUGAGCAUGUACUUUC